AUGGAAUCUGAAAAAGAUAGAAAACAACAAUUGGAAUUAAAUGGAGGAUGCCAUUGUGGAAAAGUAAGAUACUCUGGAAUAAUUAAAGAUAAAACAAAUAUUAUUGAUAUACCAAAUUAUAAAUGCAAUUGCACAAUUUGUGUUAAAUAUAGAUUUUGGGAAAUAAGAGUUGACCCAGAACUAAUGACAAUUACUAAAGGUAAAGAGAAUGGUGGUGGUGGUGCAUUAAAGGAAUAUAAAUUUGAACCAUUUCAUACUAUUCAUUAUUUUUGUAAUGAGUGUGGUACUCAUCCAUUUGGGUUAUCUCAUAUGAAUCAAUUGAAUAAACCAUUCUAUUUUGUUAAUGUUCCUACAAUUGAUGGUGUUACACCUGAAAUGAUGGAUCAGUUAUGUCAAAAGACAAUUUAUUUGGAUGGACUUAAUGAUGAUUUCGCUCAUGAGCCAAAACAUAGAAAUUAUCUUUAA